CGCAGGAUGGCGGCGGCGGCACCGGCGGCCCUGGGGGCGCUGCCCUGGCUCCUCGCCCUCGCCCUCCUCCUCCUCGUGGGCAGCACGGGCGCCGCCGUGGAAACAGAGGCGGACUACGUGGGGCUGCGCUUCUUCCAGGAGAACUUCCCGGCGGGUCCCAAGGCGGCGGAGACGGAGGCGGGCGAGUACCUGGACGAGUUCGAGGGCGAGGCCAUCUUCCAGGUGGACUGGGCCCAGAAGACCACCUCCUGGCGCCUCCCCGACUUCGCCCGCUUCGCCACUUUCGAGUCCACGAUCGCCCUGGGCUACCUGAGCGGCAUCAAGCAAAACCUGGAGGCGCUCAUGGCGCUCAGCAACCGGACGCGCGGCCAGAGCGCUGCUCCUUCGGCCAAGGUGUACCCCAAAUACCCCGUGGAGCUGGGGGACCCCAAUGCCCUCAUCUGCUUUCUGGACCGCUUCUCCCCCCCAGUGCUGAACAUCACGUGGCUGAAGAAUGGGGAGGUGGUCUCUGAGGGGGUGCAAGAGACGGGCAUCCUUCCCAGUGUGGACUUUGCUUUCCGCAAGUUCUCCUACCUGCCCUUCAUCCCAGAGGAGGGAGACUUCUACACCUGCCGCGUGGAGCACUGGGGGCUCCCCGAACCUCUGACAGUGAUCUGGUCACCAGAAGAGUCCACCCCCCUCCCGGACACAGCAGAGAAUGUGCUCUGUGGCCUGGGCCUGGCCUUCGGCAUCCUGGGCAUCAUCGUGGGCACUGUCCUCUUCUUCAAGGCCAUGAGGAUGACCAACCGCAACACCCUGUAAUCUUAAUAGAGGGAGAGAUGCUCCUUUCCCAGCAAGUGCUUCAGCAGAGACCUCCUGAUUUGCUGCUCUCCCCAUCGCACCUCAGGCCAACUUCCCCCCAUCCAUCAGCUGUAAGAGCCCCCUUUGCCUUGUUCUGACUCUCCCACUGCAUCUCACUGGUGGCCAAACCAAGGAGACCACCUCAGUGCUCUGCCAACAUCCACCCACCUAGCAGCCAGCAGCUGGACACAAAGCUUAAUCUAUCUGAGGGCCAAGAUUUGUUGUUGUGUGCCUUCAAGUUGUUUCUGAGUGAGGUUCACUUUUUUAGCCAGGUUUGGUCCAAAGAGAUUUGCCAUUGCCCUCCUCUGAGGCUGACAGACGGUGACUUGUCCAGAGUCACCAAGUGGGCUUUCACGGCCAAGUGGGAUUCAAACCUUGGUCUCUAGUCCAGGACUCAAAUGGCCAUGAUUUUCCUCUAAUUCAGGCUUAGCAAGUAGGAUUCGCCCAUCUUAUUGCAGAAAAGCCCCAAAAUCUCUGUUUUAGGGAAAGAGCUCUUGCCUUUCUUUCUUGCCUUCGGGAUAGAAUGUUGUAAAAUCUGAACUCUGCAUUUUAAAUAAACCUUAAUUACUGGAACCACAUUUGAAAGCUUUAAUAGAAUGCUUAUCAUUUACACUGUUUGAAAUUUGUUAGACUGCUUUUAUUGUGCCCCACCCUGAGACUUUUGGAUUAAAAGGUGGCAAAUAAAUAAAUACAUAAUUGGAUAUG